AUGGAUAGAGAGAGAGGCUCCUCUUUCUUGCCCUCUCCACCAUCUAAAAACACACUAUUCGAGGACUACAUGAGCUUAAGCGAAGAGGAAGACCUUGCUAAUUGCCUCGUGAUGCUGUCAAACAAAUCCCGCGCCCACGAGAAAGAGGAGAUGAGUAAUUUCAAGGGGAAGGAAGUAGAGGAAAAGAGCACCUUCCAAUGCAAAGCAUGUAAAAAAGUGUUCAAUUCCCACCAAGCAUUAGGGGGCCACAGAGCAAGCCACAAGAAAAAAGAGGAGCAAGAUGCACGAUGCUCUGUGUGCUGUCGUGUCUUCUCCUCCGGCCAAGCCCUAGGCGGACACAAGCGAUGCCACUGGCUCACAACCUCCACAGACAACGCGUUCAUCCCAAAUUUCCAUGAUUUCCAAUACGAUCACAGGAGCCAACAACUCUGCAAGAAACCACUCUUCCCAAAACCACCUCAACAACACCACAAUAUUCUUGAUCAUGAUCAUCAACUCGAUCUCAAUCUCAACCUCCCUCCUGCACCACCGCAGCAUAAUCAAAAACGCGAUGAUCCUAAUCAUCUUCUUGAUGCCGAGGAAGCUCGUGAGAAUGAGGCAUCGACAAGACUGUGCUUGCAUCAACCAAAACCUGGCGAAGAGGGGUGUGGGAUGAAGCUAAGGAAGCUAAGCGUUUUGAGAGAUGUGAACUUGGAUGGAGGGUGGUUGCAGAUGGGAAUUCAUUCAACCACUGAGAUGAGUUGA